AUGGGAGUCUGGCCCCUGGAUGACUGUCUAGCUGAAUAUAGAACGUAUGUACCCAACUCAGAAAGAGGCUCCCUGUUGGAAAUUGAAAACGAGCCUCCGAACAGCACGAAAGAGGCCUAUGAGAAGUGCGCCUGGGUACCAAGGCCCCGCGAGGCAGUUUUACCGAGUGGCACUGGAAUCAGAAGCAACCGCUACAUUAUUUCCGUCUGUAACGCGGGCUUUGGCCGGUUCGCUCAGGGAAAUAUGGAAGGUGAAGGCAUUGCAAGAAAAGUCACGCUGAACGAUGGCAAUAAGAUGCCAAUGUUUGGUUUGGGAGUGUACAAAGCCAGUCCGGAAGAGACUGUCAAAGCGGUGAAGUUUGCUUUGCAGAGCGGAUAUCNGAUACUCAUUACUGUCUCAGUUUCAGUUUACAAAAGCUUUUGCAACACUGCAUGCUUUUGCGCGGUCGCUCAGGGAAAUAUGGAAAGAGAAGGCAUUGCAAGAAAAGUCACACUGAACGAUGGCAAUAAGAUGCCAAUAUUUGGUUUGGGAGUGUACAAAGCCAGCCCGGAAGAGACUGUCAAAGCGGUGAAGUUUGCUUUGCAGAGCGGAUAUCGGUUGAUCGAUACUGCAGCUUUCUAUGAAAAUGAAGCUGAAGUUGGACAAGGUCUCAAGGAAUCAGGAGUAAAACGAGAAGACAUAUUUGUGGUAACCAAACUUUUGACGGGACGUCAUGGAUACGAUGAAUGUCUGAAAGAAUUUAAUGCGAGUCUUCAAAAGCUUGACUCAAAGUACGUUGAUUUGUACCUAAUCCAUAGUCCCUCUUCUGGAAAAAACAUCGAUUCCUUCAAAGCAAUGAUAAAACUCAAGGAACAAGGCCUUAUAAGAUCCAUUGGUGUGUCCAACUUUGGCGUGAAUCACCUCAAAGAGAUGGAAAAGGCGGGGCUACCUACUCCAGCUGUCAAUCAAAUUGAGCUCAAUCCCUAUUGGCGCUUGGAAGACAUCGUGAACUACUGUAAAGAAAAAGGAAUUGCCUUAAUGGGUUACUGUCCAAUAUUUCGUGCCCGGAAGAACGAUGACCCAGUUCUAAUGGAAAUCGCCAGUAGAAAUGAAGCUGAAGUUGGACAAGGUCUCAAGGAAUCAGGAGUAAAACGAGAAGACAUAUUUGUGGUAACCAAACUUUUGACGGGACGUCAUGGAUACGAUGAAUGUCUGAAAGAAUUUAAUGCGAGUCUUCAAAAGUUUGACUCAAAGUACGUUGAUUUGUACCUAAUCCAUAGUCCCUCUUCUGGAAAAAACAUUGAUUCCUUCAAAGCAAUGAUGAAACUCAAGGAACAAGGCCUAAUAAGAUCCAUUGGUGUGUCCAACUUUGGCGUGAAUCACCUCAAAGAGAUGGAAAAGGCGGGGCUACCUACUCCAGCUGUCAAUCAAAUUGAGCUCAAUCCCUAUUGGCGCUUGGAAGACAUCGUGAACUACUUUAUUCUUCAUUCAAGAUCCAUUGGUGUGUCCAACUUUGGCGUGAAUCACCUCAAAGAGAUGGAAAAGGCGGGGCUACCUACUCCAGCUGUCAAUCAAAUUGAGCUCAAUCCCUAUUGGCGCUUGGAAGACAUCGUGAACUACUGUAAAGAAAAAGGAAUUGCCUUAAUGGGUUACUGUCCAAUAUUUCGUGCCCGGAAGAACGAUGACCCAGUUCUAAUGGAAAUUGCCAGUAGGUACAAGAAAACAGUUCCACAGCUUCUCAUUCGCUGGAGUGUACAGAAAGAUUUCAUCACCAUUCCCAAGUCAUCCAAACCAGAAAGGAUUCAGGAAAACGCCGACAUUUUUGACUUUACUAUAAGCGACGAUGAUAUGAAAACUCUGGAUUCAUUGCCAACAGAGCAGUGCUGCACUCCGUUGAAGGGCGUGACGGACUGUCCCUGGAUAGGAUAGAAGCUGAAUUGACUAUUUC